UUCAUGUGACAAGCACGCUGCGCGCGAUCAGCGCUGCGUCUGUGCUACCUAAUUGUGCUCUAAAUUUCCUAAUGCCCACUUAAACUAUACAAAACAAUUUUCUGACAUAGCUUUGUGAAUUGUAGUCGGGCUCGCGUGGCUCUGUAUUCCCAGAAGUCGUAAUUUAGCGACUCAAAAUUCCAGAAGACGGCAAUGGCGCCACAAAAAGGAAAGCAAGGAACGAAAGGACAAAAGCAGAUAGUGGAAGAGAAUAAGCAAACCAUAAAGUUCUACAGUAUUAUGGCAGUUGGAGCACUAAUUGUUCACCUCAUCGCACACAUGGUGUUGUGGAGGGAUUCUAUUACGUUGUCUUACACGCUGCUGUUCCUCUUCUCAAUGCUUGUCUAUGGUGGGUGUAUCCAAACAAUGAGGUACAUGGCUCGAGCAUCCUAUUCAGAAACUGGCCAACUGUUGGAUGGUGGUUUGGACCUCAACAUGGCACAGGCUGGCAUGGGCGAGCAUCUGAAAGACUUGAUCAUCUUGACUGCCUGCAUACAAACACUUUCACUUGCGUCAACAUACGUCUGGUUUUUAUGGCUUGUGGCUCCUGCGUAUGCAUUCUACUUACUCUGGGUCAACGUCUUGGGACCGUGGGUCUUCCAGCCAGCCCCUCCAGAGGUGGAUGACAAAAAGCAGAAGAAACUGGAGCGCAAGAGCAGACGUCAUUGAAGGGCUCAUGUCGUAUGCACAUCAUUAUGUGUGGUUGUUCAGAAUAGGUUGAGUGUUGCAUGUGCUUACAUUAUUGCCAAUUUUCAAAGGUUAGUUUAAGUAGUGCCACUUAAGCACUUCAAGAUUUAGUUUUUUUAAGUCACAAAAUGAAAUGCCUGAAGUAAAUUUAAGAGUUGGACUUUCCUCUGAAAGGUUCUUUUACAUAUAUAGAACGCACAUGCAGUCUUUCUUGCUCAAGGUUCAGGGGCUGAGUUUCCAUUGACAGCUACGAAUGUGUGGCAAUAAAGUCUGAUGUCAGAAAUGUGCAUGAAUUCCUGGAUUGAAAAAGUUCAGAAAGUGUGGUUCGUUAUUCUUUUAUAUUUAAUUUGAAGGAGUGUAGAUGCCAUAUUCUUUGGUGAUGGUCUUUAAGCCUUGUGUACUACACAGCCUCUUGAACUACGAUAAAGGCAGCAUUAUGCGCGGUGGUGUCCCCUGUAAUUUAAUAUCACACAUUGUCUUCCACCCUAUUCCCAAUUCUGAUUGAGCCACACUGUAUUUCUAGACUUUAAAAUUAAAAUAAAUUACCUUUUACCCAUCUGCUGUCAGUCACAAUUCAUGAAGGAAUUCCAUGUAAUACGAAGCAUAAACUAUGGUUGAAUUAGCCUCCUAAAAUUGGUGUCCACACUCCUUUUAAUUUGCACACUGGCUGAUUCCUAUCUGUAGCAUUUCCUCAUAAAUUUGUGUUUUCAAUAGGGGUAAAGCAAAUUUUGCACUUGUGUGGUUGCUGGUUGCAUUUCAACAUUCUGCACAGGAACUUAGUAAGCAGCUUGUUUCUAUCUCCUGCUUUUAUUAACUGUUUCCUUGUGCAUUCAUGGCCCAACUUGAAUAUGACAAAUAAUUCUUCACAAUAAUGAUUUGGAAAAAGAAAGAUGAGGAAUGGUGCUCUUGCAUUGCGCUUGUGAAGUGUUGCCAUGUUUCACAGCAGGGUGGUUUUGUGUUUCAGUUGUCUUGCUCUGCUGUUGAGAAUAAGAGUGCAGGGUCGUAUACUCACUGAGUGACCAUGAUUUGAGAGGAGAUUAUGAAAAUGCUUAUGUACUACCAAGAUUUUGGUGCACAUUAAGAGGCUUCAGGUGGUUUUAAUCAACCUGUAGCCACUCACCAUGGCGCUUAUCAAGGCCAGGGUGUCACUUUUGGAUGCAAGGUCUGUUGAUCAGUCAGUCAGUCAAUCAAGCGGUUGUGCUAUACGUCUCAAACAAUCAUUUCCAUGCCGUUUGAAUGCUUGUUGCUCCAUUAGUCUGCUGUUGCCAGCAAAGCCAUUGUUAGUUGUAAUGGUCUUUCUCCACGAUAUUGUAGAGAAUAAUGCACUUGAAACUUCUAGUGAUGGAAUAGAGUUGACAACAUAAUUCUUGCAAGAUGUUCUUAUUGAUGACUAAGCAGUACUACUGCAUAUGCAAUCUUGACUGUAACGCUUCUGUCCUCUUUGUAGUAAGGGUAGAAAUAACUCAAGGAGUGUCAAGUGAUAUGGUUCAAAUAGCCUGCGUGAUUGAAUUGGACACUAGAGCUUGUGUGUAUGUGUAUAUAUGGUGAUGUAAACCAUUAGCGAAGGUGUGCUCGAGGUUUUGGAGGUAUGUUGUUAUUGUGUGGUAGGCUCAAGAGCCUUGAAUAAAACCUACUUGAUCUCUGAAAU